CAGGCCGGUGUCAGUCUGAUGAAGAUUGGCAUGCAGACAGCAGAGUUACUGAUCACUCUACAAGUGCACAUGUUUGUGAUUUGGACGAUAAAUUUAGGAUUACAAGUUGUGCUUUCUCCACCAGCCAAGCAAUCUAGAAUGAUGCUUACUGGAAUUGGGUCCUGAGCUUCUGCCUUUCAAGCGGGUCACUCCUUCCACUGAUGAAGAUUGAUUUGAAUUCUUAUUCUGUCUCCAAACUAUCUGCAGUCCAUGCUGAAACUGUAAAGCCUUGAAGCUUGAUGGACCAUUCUCCACAUUUUAAUCUAUGCCAUUGGUGGACACAGUGAACAGAAUCUGGACAGACCACAACUGAGGGACUGAGCUUACUACCUCUUGCCAAUUGCAGAACAAUCCAUUAAAAAGUAAUUUCUAGGUGACUCUACUCUGGCUGGAAGCAGUGGCUUUUGUGCGGCUGGCAGUGGGGAGAGUUUAGACAGGCAAGCAGCUGUUGGAGCUCACUCCGUAGUCCUAGAUGUGAAUCAACCCCAUGAUGCAACAUGUCUCCCCAGCGCCAUCUCUGACAAUGAUGGCCACACAGACUGUACCCCCUCCCCCUUAUCAAGAACCCCAACAGAUGACAGCCACAGCCCAGCAGCCGGCAAAAGCACAGCCUGUGCACGUCACCACACCCUCAGCAGCGGCCAAUGCUCCACUACCCAGCACCCCCAUCGACCCUCAGGCACAGCUGGAGGCUGACAAGAGGGCUGUCUACAGGCAUCCUCUUUUCCCCCUCCUGACACUGCUAUUUGAGAAAUGCGAGCAGGCAACACAGGGCUCGGAAUGCAUCACUUCUGCCAGCUUUGAUGUUGACAUUGAGAACUUCGUACACCAGCAGGAACAGGAGCACAAACCAUUCUUCAGUGAUGAUCCUGAGCUGGACAACUUGAUGGUGAAAGCCAUUCAGGUCCUGCGAAUUCAUCUCUUGGAGUUGGAGAAAGUGAAUGAAUUGUGCAAAGACUUUUGUAAUCGUUACAUCACCUGCCUCAAAACUAAGAUGCACAGCGACAACCUUCUCAGGAAUGACCUUGGGGGGCCUUACUCCCCGAAUCAGUCCUCCAUUAACCUACACACACAGGAUAUGUUGCAAAACUCUCCCAACUCCAUGACAGCUGUACCUGGCAACCCCCAAGGAAUUGUGGUACCUGCCUCAGCUCUGCAGCAGGGGAAUAUCUCCAUGGCAACAGUCAACUCACAAGUUGUGUCAGGUGGAGCCCUUUACCAGCCUGUAACUAUGGUAACAUCUCAGGGCCAGGUGGUAACCCAAGCAAUUCCUCAAGGGGCCAUUCAGAUCCAGAAUGCACAGGUUAACCUGGACCUGACGUCUCUUCUUGACAGUGAAGAUAAAAAGUCAAAGAACAAACGAGGAGUCCUCCCGAAACAUGCUACGAAUAUUAUGCGCUCCUGGCUUUUUCAGCAUCUUAUGCACCCAUAUCCAACAGAGGAUGAGAAGAGACAAAUAGCAGCACAGACAAAUCUCACACUGUUGCAAGUCAACAACUGGUUUAUCAAUGCCCGGCGACGUAUCUUGCAACCUAUGCUUGAUGCAAGCAAUCCAGAUCCGGCCCCCAAAGCCAAGAAAAUCAAAUCCCAGCAUCGGCCAACACAGAGAUUCUGGCCCAACUCCAUUGCAGCUGGGGUUCUGCAGCAGCAGGGAGGCAACCCUGGGACUAAUCCUGAUGGCUCCAUCAACAUGGACAACCUCCAAACCCUCUCCUCCGAUAACGCCACUAUUGCUAUGCAGCAAGCCAUGAUGGCAGGUCAUGAUGACUCACUAGAUGGGACGGAAGAUGAGGAGGAGGAUGAAGUAGAGGAGGAGGAGGAGGAGGAAGAGGAGGAGGAGGAAGAACUGGAAGAGGAUGCUGAGGAACUCCAGACAACUAAUGUUAGCGACCUUGGCUUAGAGCACAGUGACUCACUUGAAUAGAGGAUUAUAGCCAAUGGUGGAACAGUCACCAACUGGAAAACAGUUGAACCUGCUUGCAAAACUCAUUGGCCUGAAUUGUAGAGACUGCCUGAACUUUUGAUGAACAAGCCCCACAUCCCUUUAACAGUUUAAUUCAGAUUCAACAACAGUACCCUUUCCAAAUGUCCUGCUUGAUCUGCUUUCAGUUGCAGGAAUGGAUGUGGAAGCACGCUGAAAAUCCUGUCAAGUGUGCAAGCUGGUUAUUUAAGUGAAGGACACAUGUUUACAAGGCACAUAUUGUGGCUAGUUUCUUCCCCGCCUUUGUUUUUGAUAACAACAACAAAAGUGUUUUUAGAGUAAGCUGUUUUCUGUAUGACUGAAUGUUUUAUGGAUGUUCUGAUGCAAUGCCUUUUUUGUGACAUGCAGUUCAAAGGCACGCCUGUUUUCAUUUUCACUGCUUUUAUGAAAGAUUUACAGAUGCAAAAGAAGAUGAGACUGAUGGUUUUUACAAACAAAAGAAAAAGAAAAACUAGACGAGAAUGGGUUAUAAAAAUGUAGGUGGAGAAAAACCAAACAUUUGCAAAUUGGCAGAAUUCAACAAAGGAGCACGGAGAGUUUAAUGCCCUUUGCAAGGGGAUGUCCUGUGGGGUUUGCAGAUAUGGAGUCCGUGUCUUCAGGACUCAGGUGAAACCCCAAACCGUACAAAAAGGGUCUGUGCUUUACAAUUAAUGUAAGAAAUAGGUAAUGCCCUGUGGUCUGAACCAUAUUAGAUGGGAGUCAUUUUUUGCCUUCUGAAUGGAACGUUGCAACACUUUAAUGUCCCAAGCUGAUGCCUUGGUACAGCAUGUGGUAUUAACUAGCCAGAAAGAAUGGCCCUGAGUAUUUUAAUUGUUUAGAGGCUCAUCAAUACAGAAGUCAUACUUAUGGCUUUAUGCAAUGGUUGAAUACAAGCAGGUUCAGAUUUCUAAUAUUUGCAGGCCCAUUUGCAAAGCAGGAAGGGAUCAGUGGCAUAGAGAAUUCCUGUAUUUUCAGACAAGGAGGAACAUUCUGGAGGUAAGCAGGACAGCUAUCCAGGUGGGGUGCAGGAAAUCAUAUUUUCACAAUCUCAUUUCCCAGGAAUUCCUCUUGUCCCUUUAUGUUGCUUUCCUGCCUUCUCCAGCCCACAAACUCUAAAAUUAAAAAGCAUACAAAAUCAAUAUUCAGCUCGACAUAUUGCAGACAUUUAGGAAUGGAAGUUGUAAUAAUAUUCCCCAUUAGCGACCACUGCUAGUCUAGACCAUAGGUUAAGCCUACAGGCAGAGGUUAAUUUAAAUCUCCAUGUGGACAUUAUCACAGUACAGUGAGUUAAUUGCCUAUGGCAGUGAAAGCAUGAAAAGUAAAUAGGGGGUCCCCAACAUUUGUCAGGCUGUGAGCCAUUUGAAAUUUUGAAAUUAUGGAAGGAACAUACUUGCAGAAAAGCUACUGAUGGGCAAGUUCCCCAUAGACAGUGUGUCAGAAGACCUGUGAUAGAGAAGGGACAUAAUCUUUUGCAAAACACUGAUUUACCAGAAUGCUAUCUGCCACCCCCACCCCAAGGGAGAUGGUGUCUACAAUCCCCAUUUACCUUUAUUUUUGGAAGGCAGGCAUCCUUCCAAACAAGACACUGAGUGGACGCUGCCCAUCAUGUGCUAAGAAUGCUAAGAGGCCCACAAGCACUCUUAGAAAUAAAAUGUUGCUGGCGGCUGGCACUUCAUUUUGCAUAAUGCCAGUUCAUUUUUUUAAAAAAAUGUAAAACAAGUCAGGUAGUAUACUGAGCUUAACAGGCACCAAAGGGAGAAUCAUGGGAUACUUUCCAGCUGGCUGCAGUUUUUUUUUUUAAGUGACUGUAGUAUCAAUCAGUAUUGGGAACUGUUGACCCUGAGCCCUUCCCUCUGUGGAAAUGUUUUCAAGCAAGUUCCACAUGGCAGCUCUACCAUAAACACUGGCCUUAAGAAUGCUUGAGUGUAUGUGUGUCUAAUGCAGUUUUCUCCCUUUAAAAAGUCACAGGUUCAAGAAACAGAUGUUUCCAUGCAGAUGGACAGUCCUAGAAAUAUCACUAUUAAAGGCUCACCCAGUUGAGUGAAGAGAAAUUAUGCUUUCUGUCCACAUCACCUCAAACCACAGGUGCUGCUAUAAAUAUAACCAGCAAAGGAAUCUGUGCAUGGAGCUAUUCCCCAUUGCUUCUGCCACAAAAAGACAAGUUGUUGCUGCAUUUUCUUCCAGGGAGGCAUGGACAGUUGCCUACCAGAAAAAUGAUGCUUCUAAUAUUUCUGUGAGCAUGUCACUGUUACAGUUGGAACAUACAUCAAGGGUAUGGUUUCCUCUGAUUGGUUAGACAUGGGACCCCCUCAGAUGAUUGAGGUUUCCCCUUCCUUCUGCAACCAUGAAGGCUUUGCAUCUUGAGUAGCCUGGACACCAUUAUGACUUCUGGCAGAUCUUUGUGUCACAGGAUAAGGAAAGGUGAGAGAGAUACAAGGGCCAACGUCUUAGUAAGGAAUGAAGGCAGUGUGUGUGAUGAAUGUUCAGUAUUUUCCAACUCAGCAGUUUAGGUGAAGCACUGUCUUAGGCAGACUGAAACCUCUCACUCCAUCUUUCCUCCUCCAAAUACCCCUCCAGAGAGUUUGUUGAUUUUAUUUUGUACAUUGUGCUCAGGAAAAUAUCUCCAAUGUACAAAAAUGAAUGGGAGGGAGGUAUUUAUCAACUUACGAGCUACAAUCUGUGGGACUCUGGCUUAGGAAAUACAUAGUUAAAUUUCCCUGACAUGAAUGUAUUUUUCCCUCCAGGAGGUGGAAGGGAACCCUGACAAUGUUUUCAACAGAGAAAGAAGGCACCAAUAGUUUUAUCUAUAAUCUGUGUUUUCCGAACAAUCUGUUCCCCGUUUUCUGAUGCUGUAAUAAGUGGGGCAGAAAAUUUUGCCCUUUAGGGUUUGUCUUCCUUGCUAGCCAAAAACAAAACAAAACAAAAC